AUCAAUUUCACUUCCACAACCUCAUUCAACUACUUACACACAUGACGUCAGUUGGCGACAACUUCCUAAACAUAAGUGUAUAGACCCAUUAUUAUCGUCAUCAAACCAUCAACAGCAACAGACACAUAUUGUCCAUCAAACAUGUUCAAAUACAAUAAAUAUACCACAAAGAAAUGAAACAAAUGUAUCAUCUUCGAAAUCACUAACACAAAAACGUACAACAAUGCCUGUCCCUACAAAUACACAUGGAAGUGUUAAAACUGUAAAAAGUCGUUUAGAAAAAAUGAAAGAUCAAAAAGCUGCUAAAACUUUAAGUGCUAUUUUAAUUGCUUUCAUUGUUACAUGGCUUCCUUAUAAUACAAAUAUAGUCAUAUCAACUAUAAAACCAGAUAUAUUUAAACAUGGAUUUCCAAUGUAUUGGGAACGUUUUGGUUAUAUGUUAUGUUAUAUUAAUUCAACGAUUAACCCAAUGCUGUAUGCCUUAUGUAAUGGAACAUUUCGACGAACAUUUGCUCGUAUACUUCGUUGUCAAUGGCAUCGACGUCAUACACCCACAUAUGUACAUAAGGCUUAUCGGUUUCAAGCAAAAAAAAAUCUUACUACGAAUAAUAAUAUUUAA